UGACAAAACUGUAAAUAUUUUUUCUUCGCGAUUUUUGAGUGAAAGAGUGGUCUUUUUUUCAAUUUUCUUUCGUGAAAUUGCGAUUAUUCGAACAGAUUUUGAUGUUUAGUAAUUCGUGAAGUGAAUUUUCGAUUUCGGUGUUAUGCUCGAGUCGAUCGUUUGAUGAAUUAUUUCUCGAGAUGAGCGUAAUGAGCUCAACAAAUGACUUCGUGUUUCGCCAUUUCACAUCUCCCAGUUCGCAGUUCAUUGCUAUGAAAUUUUACCAAAGCGGUCAUAUCCGAAUCUAAGGGAAGAAAUACUGUUCGAUUCAACUUGAUUUGAGAGUAAUCUCCCCGGAAGUCCAUUUUGUAAGCAGUCAAGCUGAAUCUCUUCAUAAAUGACUCGUCUGAAAUGAAGUCGGACGUAAUGUUGGCAAAAAAUUCAGAUAACGACAUACUCGAAAGAGUAAACAUGGUGAAAGAAUUCGUACACCAGUUUGUCCAAGACAUAAUCGAAGAAGCUAUCAAGCAAAGUUCUCAGACAACUUGGUUGAUACACUGUUCGGAAAACUGUCACAAACUGAACGAUAUACAGCCUAAGCAACAAAAAGCUUUCCUCUACUGGACACCUGAAAGUAAUCUUUCAGAAAUACAACCCGAUGACGACGAUGACUGCGUUUCUCAAGUUGAAGAACCAUCCAAAUACAUAUUAUCGUGCAAAUCGAUCGAAAUGAAUGGUAAACCCGAAACACUCCAUCAAGAUAUUUAUUCGUUGCCUGUGGACUCGAUUCGUGCAACUUGUAGCACUUCCGAUGAACGUUCGGUUUACUACAAAGUGUUACCCAAUUGUAGUAAAUGUCUGAAACCGAAGGCAAUCCACGCUUUAAAUCUGUUCAAAUCCACUCACCAAAAAACAUUCAGCGAUUUGAAAGUAUUCUUGUUGAAUUUAUAUUCAUCUAGCGACAUAUCAGUAAAGAAAAUUGGUUCGGAGAAUUCGGCAUUUACAACGUAUUCUCGACGGAAUACCGUAUCCAGUGAGACUGCCAGCGAUCCAGCGAACUCGGUUAAUCGUAAUGAGACAAACGAUUACGAAUGUUUCGAAAAAACAUUACGGUUUCGUAAGAAAGAAGAGAAUCUUAAACUCGUUCGAAUUAAAAACGAGAAAGAUUUGAUUAAACCGAUACGAAAAUGUAACCGGUUGAAAAGACGUAAUUUCUUCAGCCUGAAACAUUCGUUUUGUAGCGUUUUCAAGUCACAUAAGCCGGAAACUAGAUCGGAUUGUUUGACCGAUGCUGCCAGUUCUUUCAAAGAUAGAAGUUUACCACCUGUACCGAAUGGUCAAGGUGUUUACGCAGAUUUUACUUGCGGUAAAAAGAAUUCUUCAAGGAGUCAAGAUACUCGAUUGCAGCAGCAAUCUGAAACCGAUCAGGAUGAUUUUAAACUCGAUCAAGAGGAUCAUUCGAAUCAUAGCGUAAUAGAUAGCAAAAAAUUGGUAGAUUUUGCUUCGAAUAUAGAAAAAGUCAAAGAUUACGGAUGGUAUUGGGGACCCAUGUCGAGUGACGCAGCUGAAAAAUUAUUACUCAAUGAGCCCGAUGGUUCUUUCAUCGUUCGUGACAGCAGCGACGAUAGAUACAUAUUUUCACUUACUUUCAAACUGAACGCUUGCAUUAGACACGUACGAAUUGAACACGGACAAGGAAACUUCAGCUUCGGAAGUGAUACGAAUUUCAAAAGUGAUACGAUCGUAGAUUUCAUCGAAAACGCUGUUCAACAUUCUCGUAGCGGUAGAUAUCUAUUUUUCAUUCAUCGUCGUCCGGGUCUGGGUCCGAUGCGAGUGCUGCUUCUGUAUCCAGUUUCAAGAUUCAAAGGACAUAUGCCUAGUUUACAGCAUAUGUGCAGAUUCGUAAUUUUGAAAUCAGUUCGUCGAGAUUUGAUUCCAUCACUGCCGCUGCCUAAGCCUUUACUAGAUUAUCUAAGUAGCAAAGAUUAUUACACAGAACAAAGCUUUUAAAACGAGAUAAUCAGUUCUGCUUCUAGUCAGUUUCUUAAUUAGUUAUCGUUUUUUUUUUUUUUUUGUAUUAAUUUGUUAAUAUUUAUAAUUAUUCUAUCGAUAUUACGUUAUCGUCAUCUUCUUAUACGUUUCUAGAUUAUAAAAAAAUGAAAACAUUGUAGAUACCUUAGUAGAGUGGUACAUGUAUCGAGUUGUGUAGUCUUUGAUUAUUUAUUCGUUUGUUUCUUCCAUUUAUUUGUGUAUUGUUUACUGUUCAUUUUCAAGUUACUUUUGUCAUUUUAUAACAUUUAUCACUGUUAAAAUAUUAAAUCGCGUGCAACAGUA